CCCUCCUGCCCGCUGCGAGAUUCCUGUGGCGGCCCGGGCCCGGCCUGCGCUGCCCAGAGCUCCCCGCGUGGCCGGCUGCCCCGGCGCGGCUGGGCGAGAGCUCCGGGACGGGCCUGCGGGAUCUGCCACCGUCCAUGCCCCGCAGGCCUCUCUGUGCUGCUCUGCGCAGCUGGAGGUGGGGGGCCGAAGGCUUCUGGGCUGCAGCCUGGCACGCCCUGACUCGCCCCCCGAGGGCUGCGGCCAGCUGGGCUCUGAGCUGCCUCCUCUGUUUGCUUUGCACCCUGACCAGCUUCUUCCUGCUGCCCAGCAAGGGGCCGGGCAGCCUGGCGCCUCGGGCAGAGCCCUGGGAGGGCAGCCCCGAGCAGAGGGUCUACAGGAGCCGAGGGGCGAGGCUGCCCCUCAUUACCGUCCAGACAGACCCCUGUGCCUUCCAGGUGGAGCUGGCCCGGCUGGCUGAGGAGAGCGCGUAUUUCGGGGCGCUGGCACGAUCCCAGAUGCAGGAGGCUGCGGAGGGGUGGCUGGUGCUGGAGCACGUCCCAUCGGGCGCCUUCCGCGCCAUCCUGGAGUUUGUCUUCCUGGGGCACUUCGGGCUGGGUGAGGAGGAGCUGCUGCCCGCCGUCCAGGCUGCCAGCUACUUGCUGGUGCCCUCCUUCCUGGAGCAGUGCUGGCUGGCCCUGCACCCACUCCUGCGCCCCGACAACUGCCUGCCCUACCUGCGCUUUGCCGAGGCCAUUGGCUGCCCGGAGAUGCGGGCCGUGUUGUGCCAGUACCUGAGCGCCCAGCUCCUGGAGCUGGCGCCCGUCACGGGGCAGCUGGCCCCGGCGCUGCAGGAGGAGCUGGCGUGGCUCCGGACACGGGGCCCCCAGCAGCUGUGUGUGCUCCGCAAGGAGAACCUGAGGACCCCGGCCACCCCCGACAUGGAGCCCCUGCGGGGCCUCUAUUGCCUCCCCCUGGGCCAGGGGGCCACCUGGCGCCGGGCCACCGGGCUGCCCUUCCAGGCCGACAAGUGGAGCUUCAGCACUGCCCAGCUGCUCAACUACCUGUUCCUCAUCGGCGGCUACCGGGAGCGCCACGGGGCCCGCGGGUUCGCCUUCCGCAUGGCGGCCUUCCGCUACAACCCGCUGGCCGGCUGCUGGCAGCCCACUGCCCCGCUGCUGAAGCGCCGGCGGCACUUCAGCACCGCGGUGGUGGGGCAGCGGAUUUACGCCAUCGGGGGCUGGUACCUGGACACACUCCUGGCGCCGGACGGCGGCACGGCUCUGUACGCGGCGGUGGAGCGCUACGACCCAUGGAGCGACUCGUGGGCCUUCGUCUCCUCACUGCCCCUCACCGACUUCACCUUCGCCCUCUCGCUGUCCCACGACCUGCCGCUCUGCGCGGCUCACGCCGGGAGCAUCUACGCCCUGGGCAGCGUGCAGGGGACGGGCGAGAAGCUUUUGCUGCGUUACGACGUCAGGGCAGACACGUGGCAGGAGCUGCUCCCAACGCUGACGCGAGCCGACGCCGACCUGCCCGGCCUCUAUUUCCUGGGGGGCUCGGAGCCCCUCUACGUGGUGGGGGGCAACGCCCAGGAGAACGUGGUGAUUUCCUUCAGCCCGGGGGCCCGGCGCUGGGGCCCGGCGCGGAGCCUGCCCAAGUGCAGCCUGGCGGGGCAGGGCGUGGCCCUGGGCGGCCGCCUCUUCAUGGCGGCGCCAGAGCUGGGCACGGUGCUGGCUCUGCAGCUGGGCUCGCUGGCCUGCCGGCCGCUGCCCGCCCCGCCCUUCCCCCUCUCCUAUGAGGCCCUCUUCUUCCUGCACUUCCCUCUGCCCCCACCCCCGGGUGGGGAGCAGGGAAAGGCGGGCGCCGGAGGGCCCAGCAGCCAGCUGGGGCAGUGAGGGGACCCUCCCCCCGGCUGGCGGGACCCCGUCAUCGGGAGCCCGGGGUUCGCGCCCUGCCACGAGCGGUGUGCAGCACAGUCCGGGGGGGGCGGGGGGGGCUCGUCUGCCUACUGACGACUCGCUGGCUCGUUAAGGUCACUGUGAGACCCGCACUGGUGCCACGCGGGGGCUGCAGCUGGUCCCCGGCGCUGGGUGAGGCUCUUGGCGACCCACGGCGUUUACACCCUGCCGCAGCUUCUCCCCGGGCAAAGGAGGGACCGAGGCCGACGCAGCAGCCCGGGGGGCCCCUUGUCCGGAUCGGAGGCUGCAGCAGGAAGGGGGGGUCCCCAUGGUGCCGACCCCAGCGGGGGGAGCCGGCCUGGAGCCUGCCGAGCCGGGGCUGGGCGCCUGCCACAGGCCUCCAGGUCCCCAGGGCGCUGACUGGUGCGGGAGGAACUCGCAGGGGCCCCCCCCCCCGCGGGCGCUGCCUGUUCCCGGGCGAGGGGAGGGGGCUUGGUGGACG